AUGGCGGUCAACUUCAUCCUCCAGUGGUUGCCUUUGCCUGCUGUCGUAAAGGCCUUAGGGCUUGCGCCCGUAAAUGUCCUUUCCUACAGUCCCGACAGCGAGUUGAGCGAGAAAGCCGCACUUGUGGCUAAAGUCGGAAAGCAGGAGGGGGAAGGUUCUCUGUUCCAGCCUAAGAUACACCCGCUGGUGGAUCAGAUCUCUCGGGAAGUCAACGACUACUUUCUUCAGCACUGGGCCUUCGAGGAUGAACGUGCUCGGAAGAAGUUCAUUGCCGCCGGGUUUUCGAAAGUUACUUGUCUUUAUUAUCCGUUGGCACUAAAUGACCGCAUCCAUUUCGCUUGUCGCCUCCUGACAUUACUUUUCCUCGUUGACGACCUUCUCGAAGACAUGUCCAUGGACGAGGGCUCUGCUUACAACGAGAGGCUGAUAGUCCUUUCCCGAGGGAAUGUUCUUCCCGAUCGCAGCAUUCAAGUUGAAUGGAUCACUUACGAUCUCUGGGAGAGCAUGCGAGCUCAUGACAAGGUUCUGGCUGAUGAGAUCCUCGAGCCAGUCUUCACCUUCAUGCGAGCCCAAACCGAUAAGGUCCGUCUGUCUAUCAAGGGACUUGGUAAUUAUCUAGAGUAUCGCGACGGCGAUGUCGGGAAAGCACUACUCUCAGCUCUUAUGAGAUUCUCGAUGAACUUGCAAAUGGCUGAUACUGAGUUGACAGCUGUGACUCUAGUAGAGAAGAAUUGCUCGAAGCAUAUUUCGGUGAUCAAUGAUAUUUACUCAUGGGAGAAAGAGUGUCGCCAGGCUCAAUCCGGCCAUCAUGAGGGAUCCGCACUUUGCUCAUCAGUUCAGGUUACGGCUGAAGAGACCACCCUUUCCCAUGAUGCCGCCAAACGUGUUCUUUUCUCGAUGUGCCGCGAAUGGGAGCGUGUCCAUGCUGAACUAGUGGCUGCAGCUAUGGCAGCAGGAUGUAGCAGAGAUUUGAAGGCCUAUCUCAAGGGAGUAGAAUACCAAAUGAGCGGGAACGAGGAAUGGAGCAGAACAACCCCGCGUUAUCAUUCGGUGAAAUAG